AGAUGAGUGACUCUAGCCCCGAUGGUAGCCAUACCGAGCUGUUUGAUUGCUUCAAUGGGGCUAGUGCUGUGGACACUACAGGAGACCUGCCUAACCUGAGAGUCAUGGCGACCAAUGAUCAGAUCAGGGAGCUACAGACUAUCAUCAGAGACAAGAAUACGACUAGAAGUGAUUUUCUUUUCUACUCGAAUCGAUUGAUACGCCUGGUGGUGGAGGAAGGUCUCAACUGUCUUCCGUCAUUUGCUCUCAAAGUCACUACACCUACAGGUUGUGAGUAUGAAGGCGAGUGGUUUGAGAAGAAUAACUGUGCUGUCAGCAUUCUCAGGAGCGGUGAAGCAAUGGAGAAGGGACUGCGGGAUUGCUGCAGAUCUAUGAGAAUUGGCAAGAUCCUUAUCAGACGUCAUAGGGACUCAAAGGAGCCUCAGGUGUACUAUGCCAAGUUCCCCCCAAAUAUUGAGAAAAGAAAGAUCUUACUUCUCUUGCCUGUGUUAGAGACUGGAGCAACUGUGAAGACAGCCAUAUCAGUCCUCAAGGAGCAUAGUGUGAACGAGAAAAACAUCUUCUUGGUGACUCUGUUCUCUACGCCACUGGCAGCCAACAAUGUGCUUACCUCCCACCCAAAUAUGACCAUGCUCACGUCAGAGGUGCACCGAGACAGCCCAAGUCACUUUGCUCAUAAGUACUUUGGCUCAGACUAAACUGUAUACAGCUAGCGCACGUAUUUUGAAAUUUAUCAAUUUGUAUACACCUUCAUCAAAUCAAUCUUGUCUUUUACGAUAUAAAAAUGUUCACUUGUAAACAACCUCAA